AUUUGAUGGAUGUUGAUGUACCGGUAGAGCAGUGUACGUCAGCGGAUGACUGCAUUUCGAACAGUGCUCAACAAAAUGUGCUGAAUGCAAAGAGUGAUGCGCAUGUGGAUCAGCUGGAAGCACUGAAAACUGGACGGGGUAUGGCCAAGUCGGGACGGUGGUGGAAAGUGGUCAGGACGAAGAGAUCGUCAGAAGUUGUUAAAGUGAAACCAUUAAAAUCGUCGUGGAAGACGAAGAUGAAGUGGAAAGCGGACACGGAGCAAGUGAAGAAGUUCAGUGCAGAAAUACGCGAGAAAAAGAAAGCGCAAAAAGCGGUUCGUAAUUUGGAACGUUGUCUUUUGUUCUUCGAAAAAAAAGAAAGAACUCGAUUUUCAUUCAAUUUUAUAAAUGAGUAA